GGGAUCAAUUUUGCCGGCUAUAAUUAUAAGUAACCCGAUAUGUGGCCCGGACCAAAAUACUACUUCAUUGACCACUCUAAAAUUUAAAACAUCUCCUAAAUUGGCAACAAUGUAAUUUCCUCGCACGUUCCUCAAACACAAUUGUAAACUUGUAACCUACUUAGGCCUAUAUUUAAGUUCACCCAUUGAAUUACCACGAAGUAUCUUCUCCCCUAAAAAAAUUACCCACGAAGUAUAAGUAGUAUAUAUACUCCACAAUCUUUUUUUUUUUGUUAUCUUUCCUAUUAGAAUUCUAUACCUAAAAUAUUUUCUUCAGCUAUUAAAAUCUAAGAAUUCCUUAUCUAUUAAUUUCACAAUUUUACUUCAAAAAAAAAAUAAAAAAUCUCACAAUUUUGCAGUGCAGUUUCGAAUAGAGAAAUUCAAUGGAAGUCAGUGAUCACAACAAGGGUGAAUUAGACCUCAUCUUCCGCUACAAUGUGUUGAAUAAUGUAAUCAUGAAAGCGUUGAUGAAAUGGUGCAGAAAAGAUAAUACAAACCCUAAUGUUCAGAGCCGUCUUAAAGACGUAGCUCUUUGUUUCGAAAGGGUUACGUAUGACAAAGCAACAAACAAGGAAGAUUAUUUAAAGAUGAUUAAGAAAAUUCUUCUUUAUUACAAGUCGAUUUAUGUAGCAAAACCUGCAGCAGAAACUAUUGAUGCAGCUGAUCGGAAGCUUCUCAUGAGACAGUUUGAUUAUGGACGGACUGUGUGCUUACCUAUACUAAUUAAAUUGCAAAAGGCGGUAGUGGAAGAUUGUGCUAAGGCACAAAGUGCAAUUCGACGUAAUAAAGCCAGACAUCUCCGGGUUAGGCUUAAACAGAUGAUUAAGUUUCUACAGCUUCCAGAAAGUGAUCUAACACACGAAUCUAAAGAAACAUUGCUUCAUCAUUUGAAUAAAAUUUCAGAGUUUUUCAACUCAAGAAGUAAACUGCGUAAAUUCUCUGUUGGGUUCCAAACAACACAAUUUUAUAACAGACACAGUUCUGUAACUAAUUUGCAGAGGAAGAAAGACUUUAUGGACACAAUGUUCCUACCCAUGACAAAAUCCACUUCUACGAAUGCUAAUUGCCAAACUUCAAGAGGCCACCCUACAUCUUCUAAACCAGAGCUGAAGAAAUGUAAUACAUAUACAUCAUCUGUUGCAGAUCCUAUAGCAAUGUCGUCACAGCCGAAGCCUUUAGUCAUUACAUUUGAUUCACCUUCAACUCCUGUUACACUGCCCUCUGUGGCUGAGCAAAUUGUGAAUCCUGCUAAAGAAUUUGCAGCAACAAAAGCUGAAGGUGUGACUAAGGUACAAGACAACUCUGUUACCCUUGGAACUCCCGGUGCAUCCUUUUCCUUGCCUUCGGAUUCUAGUGAUCCUGAAAGCAACCAGCUUUUAAUUCCUGCAAACCUUCCUUUGGAGCACAUAAUUAAAUCGGUAUGUCAGCUUGUGUUAGAGGAUAUUGGAUCGUAGGUCUAUAUCUAUGGGCAAGGCCCAUUAGGUCAAAUUUAUUAGGUUAAGUUUAUGUUAUGUUCUAUAUAUAAAUAAUGUAAUUGUAGUUAAUAAAGGCACAAUAAUACAACAUCUCUUCUCUCUGAUUUGUCAUGGAGCCUUCUAAAAUUUUCGAUUGAUCCAAACGCUUCCUCAUAAAAAAAUAUAUAUAUAUAUUUUUACCGCCGGUGGGUAUUCAUUAAAAUCCACCGGCCAGAUUUAUUUGUUUA